AUGAAGCGUUUUUGGUGGUGGAAGCUUUUCACUACAGCUGCAGUAGAUGAGAGAGGAGGAAAUACGACAAGGAAUGGAGAUGAAACAGAACAGAAGAAAAAAAUUCUUUUCGCCUUCAAUUUUAUUGCUUCAAUUCAUGCUUUGAGAAAUGCUAUCAUCACAACUACCACCACUGAUACUCUCGUACAUAGCAAGGCUGUCGAAUGUGUAUGUGCUUCAACACAAACAAAACCAGAAUGUAGCAACGGAGUAGCACGUAAACACAAUACAAACUCCACAACACUACGCAACGUUUAA